AAGCUAGAGCCUUUAUACUUCAACUUCCAUGCAGCAUGCUGGAAAUACUACAACCCAGGUUCAAAUCUCUCCAUUGAUGAGAUGAUGAUUCGGUUCUUUGGACGGUUCAAAUACACAGUUAAGAUGCCUCAGAAACCAAUCAAGCAGGGAUAUAAGGUCUUUGGACUAGGAGAACAGGGCUAUCUUUGGACUUUCUCCAUGUCUAAUGAUAAUCUCCGCAUAAGUACGAUGUUCCGUACUCCAGGAUUAACCAAGACUGGAUCUCUUGUGAUGGAAUUGAUUGAACGGUUACCAGUAUUUAUACAGAGCUCCGCGGCUCCUGCAGCUCAGAGCUCCGCGGCUCUGAGCUCUCUACAGCACUCUGAGCAGCAUCUAGAGUUGAAUAACAGCAAAGAGGUUGCUGGCUACUCAAUUUACAUGGACAACUACUUCAUCUCUGUUGCUCUAUUCCAUUAUCUUCGAAAGCAAGGAAUUGGAGCUUGUGGAACCACCCGUUCUGUCAAUCUGCCUCCUCUUCUACAAGAACUAAAGAACUCCGGACUAUCCGCUCAUAUUCCCUUCAAUACUCUGUGUAUAAUACCUCAAAAUGAG